UUCUCUCUAGUUUUCUUUAGCAGCCUUUUGUUUCUUCAGAUCUAUUGCCCACCCAUUCAUUCCCUCUUUCUAUUAUUGGACUCUUGUGCUUGUUUCAUUUGAGUGAGAAGAUAUGAGUAAAGAAGAGUUCUUGAAGAUCCAGACUUGUGUUCUAAAAGUGAACAUACACUGCGAUGGAUGUAAACAGAAAGUGAAGAAAAUCUUGCAGAAAAUUGAUGGAGUUUUCACUACCAGCAUAGAUUCAGAACAAGGGAAGGUAACCGUUUCAGGUAAUGUAGACCCAGCAGUGCUCAUAAAGAAGCUUGCAAAGUCAGGCAAACAUGCUGAGCUAUGGGGAGCCCAAAAGACUAACAACAACCAGAAUCAUAUGGCCAAUCAUUUCAAGAACAUGCAAAUUGAUAGUGGCAAAGGUGGCAACAACAACAACAACAACAACAACAACAACAACAACAACAACAACAACAACAACAAAGGCCAAAAGGGCAACAACAACAACAUCCAACCUAAAGGUGGCCAACCAAACCAGAACCAACAACAGCAACUCCAACAGAUGCAUCAGAUGCUGCAACAACAGCAACAGAUUAAAGCUAUGCAAGAUCUGAAUAAUAAGAUGGCUCAAUUGAAAGACAUGAAAAUGCCUCCUAAUAACAACCAGAAUCAGAACCAGAAAGCUGUGAAGUUUGCUCCCCAGCCUGAGGAUGAGGAUUUAAGUGAUGAUGAUUAUGAUGACGACUACGAUGAUGAUGAUUUUGAUGAUGAAGAUUUUGAUGAGUUGGAUGAUCCUCAACAUCCAUUUAAUAAGAUGAAACCCGUCAUGCCUAAUGGUAACAUGAUGAAUGGCAUGCAUCCGCAACUUAUGAAUGUUCAAAAGGGUGUUCCAAAUGGAGGUGGUAAUGGCAAGAAGCCUGGUGGUGGCGGCGCCAAUGGUAAUGGACCUGUGCCUGUUCAAGUAAAUAUGGGUGGUGCAAAUGGAAAUGGUGGUAAGAAAGGUGUUGGUGGAGGUGGUAAUAAUAAUAAUAAUAAUGGAGGAAAUCAAAAUCAAGGUGGCAAAAAUGGUGGUGGAAAACCACAAGAUGGCAAAAAUGUGAACAAUGGCGGUGGUGGCAAUAACAAGAAUGGUAACAAUGGUGGUGGUGGUGGUGGAGGAAAUGGUAAUAAUAUGCAAAUGAAUGGGGGCAAAAAGGGAAAUAAUGGUGGAGGUGGUGGUGGUGGUGGUGCUGCUGUUAAUGACGCACUUGGGAAGAUGGUUGGACCCCAUGGCCCCAUGGGUCCAAUGGGAAACCUGAACAUGCCCAUGGGUCAAAUGGGCAACAUGCCCAUGGGCCAAAUGGGUAACAUUCCUGCAGUUCAAGGACUACCAGCGGGUGCUGCCAUGGGCGGUGGCGGCCCCGGCGCUGGUGGUAAUGGGUAUUUUCAAGGUGCCGGACCGGAUCUGAUGCCCGGUAAUCCAUACCACCACCAGCAGCAGCAGCAGCAGUACUUGCAAGCAAUAAUGAACCAACAGAGAGCAAUGGGUAAUGAGAGGUUUCAACCCAUGAUGUAUGCUAGGCCCCCGCCAGCAGUCAAUUACAUGCCCCCAUACCCAUACUCUUACGCGCCACCACCACAUCAAGGUUCUGACCCGUAUACCAACUUCUUCAGUGAUGAGAACACCUCAAGUUGCAAUGUGAUGUGAAGGUUUCUUUUUUCUUUUAAUUUUGCAUGGAACUUGAUGCUAGCUACUAGAAGUUUGCUUAGCUUGUGGUGGUUCAGUUAUAGAGUUCAUGGGGACUUGAUGCCAUAAUAUACAUGGAAAUGGGUUUUCUUUCUUAA